UUACAUGAUAGGUAGAAUAAUCUAGUUAGCCUACACUAAAUUAUUCUCAACACAACUUUACAAUUUGUCAUAGCAAAGCAAUGGGCUUCGAUUAUUACGCCAUUUUGGAUAUCCCUCGUAGUGCUUCCGAUACGGAAAUCCGACUGGCAUACCGGAAGUGGGCCGUCCGUUGUCAUCCGAAGAAUGAUUUCCACGAUGUACCGGAAAUUCCACUUCCUUCGAUGUCCCUACCCCAUUACUGGGAACUGCUGAAUGAAGCCUUUGAUGUUCUUUCAAAUCCAUUGCGAAAACGAAUAUAUGACGUAUAUAGAGAGGAAGGAUUGAAAAAGGGCGUCGUAACUCCGACCGGAUUUGUUCAGCCCUAUGUAUUCUCAAACGAUUGCAUGAAGAUCUACAAAGAUUUCUUCGCCACCUAUUCACCGUACGGAGAUCUUAUCGACGCCGUCACAAAUCCCCCACCGCUCUGCCAAAACGAUGCCAGCCUUGUCCGGACCAAAGCUCCAGACAUCGAACAGUUCGUUGAUUUGGAACUGUCGGAAAUCUACCACGGUGCGAUCAAAAAGAUGAAAAUAACCCGUGAAGAAUUCAUCGACGAGGCUCAAGUGCGAACGAAAAUCGUGGAGGAAACACUGACCGUUCCGAUUCCGGCGGGCGUUCCAUCCGGUGCCAGAAUUCGCUUCGAAGGCGCAGGUAACUGUAGUCCGCAAAGCUUCCCGUCGGACAUUGUGUUCGUGGUGCGAGAACGGCCCCACGAGAGGUAUCGCAGGGAGGGGGCGGAUCUGCACGUGGAAGUUCCGAUUACCCUCAAGGAUGCGCUGGUUGGAUUUCCAUUGGAGUUGAUCGGCGUCGAUGGGACAUGGCUUCUGGUACAAAUUGUGGACGUUGUGCAUCCAGGGUAUGAGAAGGUUUUGAAAGGGGAAGGAUUGCCGAUACCCGAUGCAGACGGGCCAGUGAAGAGAGGUGAUAUGCAUAUAACUUUUACAACUUCUUUUCCUGACUUUAUUCCAAAAGACCUCCGGGGCAAAUUUCGGGUAUUAUUCGAAGAACUUUAUCAAGAACAGUUGUAAAAUUCAAUGGCUGUCGCAUUUAAUCACUAGCAAGGAACACCACUAAUAAA